AUCAGACUGACAGAAGCGUCUAUCUGAGCCACGCACCUCUCCAUAUUCUACUAUAAAAACAGGAGAACCCAUCCAUGCUCUCCAACAAGCUUGACGGACCGCGUCGAGGACGCUCUUUUGACUCCAUCAAUAAGAGUUACGAAGAAAGGCAACUCAACAAUGAGUUGAACAAACCUACUUUUCAUAAGACAGAUGAGAACAAAGAGAAGAUACGUUCCUCUAAGAGAGAACAUGCCGCAAUUGUCUUCUCUCUGAAGAAUGAAGUCGGAGGGCUUGUGAAGGCAUUAAAAUUAUUUCAGGACAGCCAGGUGAAGCUUUUGCACAUUGAGUCACGUAAGUCCCGGCGGCGUAACUCAGAGUUGGAGGUACUGGUGGACUGUGACAGUGAUCGAGAAACUCUAAAAGACAUUGUUCGCCUACUGCGCAAACAAACGAGCAUUGUAACCAUGGACUCACCUGAUGUUGCUGAGGUGCCUUGGUUCCCCAAGAAGAUCUCAGAUCUGGAUAAGAGUGCCUGUCGUGUUCUGAUGUAUGGUUCAGAUUUGGACGCAGAUCAUCCGGGAUUCAAAGACAACGUUUAUCGUAAGAGAAGGAAAUAUUUUGCAGAUCUUGCCAUGAGUUACAAACAUGGAGAACCUAUACCACAUGUAGAGUUUACGGAGGAAGAGGUGAAGACGUGGGGUGUCGUUUUUCGGGAGUUGAAUAAGCUGUAUCCCACACAUGCCUGUCGAGAGUACCUGAACAACCUGCCACUGCUCACCCAGUACUGUGGCUACAGAGAGGACAACAUACCACAACUGGAGGAUGUGUCCAACUUCCUGAGAGAGCGAACUGGCUUCACCAUUCGUCCUGUUGCUGGGUAUUUGUCACCAAGAGACUUUCUGGCUGGUCUGGCCUUCAGAGUGUUUCACUGUACACAAUAUGUGCGUCACAGCUCAGAUCCUCUUUACACUCCUGAACCGGACACAUGUCAUGAGCUGCUGGGUCAUGUUCCUCUAUUGGCCGAACCCAGUUUCGCACAAUUCUCUCAGGAAUUAGGACUGGCUUCUCUCGGGGCGUCUGAUGAUGCUGUGCAGAAGUUAGCAACAUGCUAUUUCUUCACAGUAGAGUUUGGACUGUGUAAACAGGAGGGUUCACUCAGAGCAUAUGGUGCUGGGCUGCUCUCUUCCAUCAGUGAACUUAAGCACUCUCUCUCAGGCUCUGCCAAAAUCCUACCCUUUGAGCCCAAUGUCACCUGUAAACAGGAGUGUCUCAUUACCACCUUCCAAGAUGUUUACUUCGUUUCGGAGAGCUUUGAGGAAGCCAAAUUUAGAAUGCGUGAAUUUGCAAAGACAAUCCAGCGUCCAUUCUCCUUGCGGUAUAACCCGUACACACAGAGCGUGUGUGUGCUGAGGGACAUGCCCAGCAUCAACGAUGUGGUCGAGGAGCUCAGACACGAGCUGGACAUUGUAGGAGACGCUCUCUGUCGACUCAGUGCACACCUUGGCGUCUGAAACCAUUAUGACUCUUGCUCAUAUUAAUAGCUUUUAUUCUUGCUAUCUCUUAUAUCAAAGCACGUUACUCAACAUUCAACACUGCAAUAGUAUUAUCUCAUUACCUGCCUUCUCUGACUGCAGAGGUGAAUCACUCUUAACGUCUCUGUGAGCACCUUUCCUCUGCUACUGAAAAUCGUCCAAAUACCACAAAGCACUUCGAUAUCCAAACACUGCUUUCAGGAGAGUCUUUAAGUGCUCUUUAAAUACACCAACCAGCUCAGAGUCCUUCACUGCUAUUCAAACACCACCACAGCAAAAACUACAUUAUCUCAUGAUCACUAGAUUCAUAGUAUAUAUACUUUAACCUUCUCUCCACUCCACUUACAGUCUCUCUAAAUACACCUCAGACAUGGAAAUGGGUCAUCCUUGCACAGUUUAUAGGUUUUAAAAGCACUCCUACAAAUGUUACAUCUCAAGGCUUUCACACAUUUGUGUUAAUAGUCGUUAAAUAAAUACACUCUAAACUAAAGCUUAGCUUACUCUAAAUUCUUAAUUCUAAACUUAUUGUGUAUUAUCAACCAGUUAAAGGCCUUUGUUGCUUUCCCAACAUCAAACCUACUGUAAAUUCUAGUAAAUAGGCCCAUUAGUUUCUUACCAUGAGCUGAAUAAUUUAUUUAUUGGUGUUUGUGAUAUAAAAAUAUAUAUUAUAUCUAAAAUGUUUCUCAUUUUUCUUAUUAUCCUGAUGUGAAUCUGAAACUGUGGUGUGUAUGUUGUGUGUUUUGUGUUCUGAAGACUGUAAUCCUUGCUGCUUGUCCAUGGCCAUUCAUGUUUAUGCUUAUUGAAUGCUAAAUAAGUGAUUCUUACAAGGAGAGAUCAAAAUGUAAGUAAUAAAUAAAUGUAUAAAUGUAGCCAACUUUUAUUAAAUAAUUUGUUAGCAGUUAGUAGUUAUAGUUUGUCUGAAUCACACAAACGAUUCAAACGGUAUUAUUGAAACAAUGAGUAACUCAUAAAACCCACACUUCUAAUAUAUAUUUGUUGGUUUGUAAACAUUAUCAUUCGAUAAGAAGUUAUUGUAUUCUGCAGUGUGAUACUGUAGCCAGGAGAUGGCAAUGCAGCUGUAUUACAGUGGUAACUCAGUAAAACUCAAACUUGAGACACAAUCGAUACACUGAGGUAACAAAUCCCAGAGAAAUGUUUACAAAAAUAUGCACAUUUUCUGAAAUGUUGCAAACUUGUGUCUGUUAUUGUGGAAAAAUAUGAUUUUGUGUUGAUUGUUCUUGGUUUCA